AUGUACAGUUGGACAGAGGAGGGGGAGGACAGCAGGUGGGGAGGCUGUGUGUCCCUUCGGAUCCAGCUGUUUGGGGAUCUGCUGCUGGUGGUUAAGCUCUCAGUGCUGCUGGUCCGGAACCGGGUCCACCUCUACAACUUCCUGCUCCUCAAGAUCGCUCUCUUCAACCACUGGCUGUCAGGGCUGGUCCAGGAGGCCCACCCUCUGCCCAGGCUGGCAGCCUGCCCAGUGGACUGGGUUCUACAGGCUGGGCUGGCACUGAUAGAGGUCCCUGUGUGGCUGGUGCUGACGGUGCCCAGGCUAGUGUGGGUGGGCAUGCUGAGCUGUGCCCGGGCCUUGGGCCUAGACCUGAAGUGGCUAGGCGCCUGGGAGCAGCUGGGCCUGUCUGUGACCACCUGGGUGGACCUUCUUCUGUCCUGUCUGCAUAGCCUGAUGCUGGCAAUCUUGCUGCUGCUGCUGCUCACCUGGAGGCUGUGCUGGAAGGCCCACCGCUGCAGCCUGGGCUUGCUGCCCAGCAAGGCUCUGCUGGAGAACCACGUGGUGCUGGAGCUAUUGGCACUGCCGAAGCAUCUAUACUGGUGGAUGGAGAGAAUGAUAGUGCCCACCACUUGGCACUUGGCCUAUCUCAUCACUUGGACCACCUGCCUUGCCUCUCACCUGCUGCAGGCUGCCUUCGAGCACACAGCCCAGCUGGCCCAGGCCCAGGCCCAGGAGGCCGAGCCUCAGGGGUCCUCAAGGCCUUUGUAUGAGUCCCCACUCUUUGAGUCCCUGGCUACUAAGGCUGGACCAGUCCUGUCAGAGCACAGAAAUGCUGGAGAAUAA